AUGGCGUCCCUUUUCAGCAGCUCUACUCCUGUCCGACCACUCGUUCUCCACUCAUCCUCAACCCGUGUCUCCAUCCUCGUCCCUGCAUCUCCAUUAUCAGCUUGGGUCACCUCUGAAGUACUCGCUCAGCAAUUCCACGACUCAAGAAUAGGUCAAGAUGAGGAAAUUGCUCCUGUAGUCGAUGAAGAAGAUGAUGCUCCCAAACAACUAUCUCAAGAACCUCAGGUUAAACUCCUCGCUAGGUUCCUCUCUUUCGCUGCCGACAAAGUCAAUGCAGACCAGGAUUCAUCGGAACUCGCUCAAGUUCUUCUUGCCGCCUACAACAGAUUCAACGAACUCUUCUUGUCAUCUGUCAACGUACAUUCCCUCGUGCAAACUUUCGAGCCAGACUCACGAGCCGAAGUACUCAAAGCCUACUUCAAGGCUUUCGCAACCGCCAAGGAAUCGCUUGGUGACAAGGUCAAAGUAGCUCAUUCAUCAGCUUUGCUUGAAGCUACUAAGAAUGGAUCAGCUGAGCUUUACGCUCUUUUCGGAGGUCAAGGUGUGAACGAGCACUACUUCAACGAGCUUCAAUUGCUUUAUGACACUUACACACCUUUCGUCAAACCCCUUCUCUCUCAAAUCACCUCUCUCCUUCUUGACCUCGGUGAGAGAGCCGAUGCAGACGGAUACACCUACUAUUCUCAAGGUCUUGAUCUCAUCUCAUGGCUUGACGGUACUUCACCUCGACCAACGGUUGAAUACCUCGCCUCUAUCCCUCUUUCGCUCCCUCUUAUUGGUGUAGCUCAGCUCGCUCAAUACGUCGUAUCAUGUCGAGUCACCGACCUCACUCCCGCUGAGAUGAGGAGUAGCUUCAAGGGUGCUACAGGUCACUCCCAAGGUGUCAUCUCAGCCGUUGCCAUCGCCUCAUCCGAUUCAUGGCAAUCACUCAACGGAAACAUUCUCAAAGCUGUCAAGCACCUCUUCUACGUUGGUCUUAGAGGUCAAGAAGGUUUCCCUUUACUUUCACUCGAACCUCAAAUCGUUGCGGAUUCAGUUGCCAAUAACGAAGGAGUGCCUACACCUAUGCUUUCCAUCAAUGGUUUGUCAUUGAAACCUCUCGAGGGUCACAUCAAGAAGGUCAACAGCCACCUUCCAUCUAACUCGCAAAUCGGUAUCUCAUUAUACAACGGUCCUACCAACUUUGUCGCUACUGGACCUGCUAAGGCAUUAUACGGUCUUGCCACCGCCCUCCGAAAAGUCAUGGCCCCUCCAGGAUUAGACCAGAGCAAGAUUCCCUUCUCCAAGAGAAAGGCUGUAUUCAACAUCCGAUUCUUACCUGUCAAUGUGCCUUACCACAGCUCAUACCUCACAGGUGCUACUGAGAAGCUUGUUCAGGAAGAUCUGAAUGGACAGGAAUUAUGGAGUACCUCGGAUUUGGCUAUCGCUAUAUACCAUACCGAAGAUGGAACUGAUCUUCGACAACUCGAGUCUUCCCUUACUGCUUCCCUUUCUGACCAAAUCUUCGUCAAGCACAUCCACUGGAUCAAAGCUACCAACUUCCCUCCUACCGCCACUCACGCUGUCGACUUCGGACCUGGUGGAAACUCUGGUAUCGGACCUUUGACCGGUAGAUCUAUUGAAGGACGAGGUGUCAGAAUUGUUGUAGUCGGUGAGAAAGGCCGAGCAGCUGCUGAGCUGUAUGACGCCAAUAAGAUCAGAAGGGAGCCUGUUUGGGCGAAAGAAUGGUCACCUAAGCUUGUCAAGACUCUUGACGGUAAAAUUCACAUUGAUACACCCUUCUCUCGACUUCUCGGUAAACCACCUAUCAUGGUUGCUGGUAUGACUCCUUCUACCGUUGGUGCUUCUCUCGUAUCCGCUACACUUAACGCUGGAUACCACAUCGAACUUGCUGGUGGUGGUCACUACAACCCCACCGCACUCCGAAACAAAGUCGCUGAGAUCCAGCGACGAACUCAACCUGGUGUCGGUAUUACUCUCAAUGCCUUGUACAUUAACCAAAGGCAGUUCUCUUUCCAAUUCCCUCUCUGGCAAGAGAUGCGACGAGAAGGUUUACCCAUUGAAGGUUUCUGUGUAGCUGCUGGUAUCCCAUCUUCGGAGAAAGCCACUGAAAUCAUCACUGCUCUAAAAGCCGCUGGUAUCAAGCACAUCUCUUUCAAACCUGGUUCAGUUGAAGGUGUAAGACAAGUCGUCAACAUCGCGGCAGCCAACCCAGACUACCCAAUCAUCAUGCAGUGGACCGGUGGUCGAGCUGGUGGUCACCACUCUUGUGAAGACUUCCACCAACCUAUUAUCGCUACCUACGCAUCCAUCAGACAGAACCCUAACAUUUCUUUGAUUGCUGGUUCUGGUUUCGGUGGUGCCGAUGAUGUAUGGCCAUAUAUCUCUGGAGAAUGGUCGGUCAAGAUGUUCAAUCUCCAACCCAUGCCCUUCGAUGGUGUACUCUAUGGAUCCCGAGUCAUGGUUGCCAAGGAAGCCGAUACCAGUCCUUCCGUCAAACAAAUCAUCGUUGAUGCUCCUGGUGUUGAAGACGCUGCUUGGGAAGGUACCUAUGAUAAACCUACCGGUGGUAUCCUUACUGUCCGAUCCGAACUUGGUGAACCUAUCCACAAGAUUGCCACUCGAGGUGUCAAGUUAUGGAGAGAAUUCGAUGAUACCGUCUUCGCUCAACCUCGAGAGAAACGAGCCGCAUGGCUCGAGAACAAGAAGGACUAUGUCAUUGAACGACUUAACAAGGACUUCAACAAACCCUGGUUCGGUCAAAAGGCUGACGGCACUGUGGUUUCCGAUCUUGGCAAGAUGACUUACGAAGAGAUCACCCAACGAAUGGUCAGACUUAUGUACGUUUCUAAGCAAGAUCGAUGGGUAGAUAUCUCCCUCAGAAACUUAGUUGGUGACUGGCUUAGAAGAGUCGAAGAGCGAUUCGCUGGUGUUGAUGGUAUCAGAACCAAGGAAUCACUCAUCCAAUCGUUCUCUUCCCUUGACAAACCCACUGCUACCAUCGACAACUUCUUCAACACCUACCCACGAGCUAAAUCUCAACUCGUUGCCGCCGAAGACAAGGCUUACUUCCUCGCUAUUUGUCAACGACCUGGUCAGAAACCUGUACCAUUCAUCCCCAUCUUGGACAACACCUUCGAAGUAUGGUUCAAGAAGGAUUCCCUUUGGGCUGCUGAAGAUAUUGACGCGGUCUUUGACCAAGAUCCUCAACGAGUGUGCAUUCUCCAGGGUCCUAUGGCCGUUAAACAUUCCACUGUGGCCGAUGAACCUAUCAAAGAUUUGCUCGGCAACAUCGAAGGUCUUCUUGCCAAGAAGAUCCUUGACCAAUACUACGGUGGUGAUGAAUCUCAAGUCCCUGCUAUCGACUACAUCGGUGCCGUAGCUGGCAAACCUAAAUCAGGUCUUGCCGCCGAGUCGAAAUCUGAAGGGGUCCGAACUCUCAAACUCGGCAAAUCUGUUCCUUCCGUUGAUGAUUGGAUCGAAGUUGUUGCUGGUCCUGAAGUAUCCUGGCUCCGUGCUGCUUUGACCUCGGUCAACGUUGUUCAAGGUUCCGGUUACAUCAGCAACCCCUUCAGAAGAAUCUUCACUCCUCGACCCAAUCAAACUGUUGAGAUCAAGUCUACUAAUGGACAAGUUUCUUCCGUCACUCUUUACGGUUCUGCCAGAUCUUUCGGUCCUCACCCAUCUGACUUCAAAGCUGUCGAACUCUCGUUCAACUCUUCUACCAAUGACAUUACUCUCGUCUUGAACGAGGAACGACGAGGCGCUGUGGUACCACUCCACUUCGCGUUCAAGUACAAACCUGACAUGGGCUACGCCCCUAUUCACGAGAUUGUCGACGGACGAAACAAGAAGAUCAAGGACUUCUACUGGAGAUUAUGGUUCGGUGACAGCGAGACUCUCCCUGAGCUCGCUCUCGACACCACUUUCACCGGUGAAGAAGUUACUGUAGACGCUCAAGCUGUCCAAAGAUUCUGUGAUGUUGUUGGCAACCAAGGAGAGUCUUUCAAAUCUGCUAGAAACGACAAGAUUUCCGCUCCAAUGGACUUUGCAAUCUCUAUCAUGAAAGCUAUCUUCCCCUCAGACAUCGAUGGCGACUUGCUCAAACUCGUCCAUCUGUCUAACGGCUUCCGAAUGAUCGAAGGUGUCGCUCCUAUCAAAGCUGGUGAUGCUUGUACCGCCGAAGCCAGAGUCGUUUCCGUCUCCAACAGCGACAGUGGUAAAACCGUCAAAGUCAAGGGUUACGUUCUCAGACAAGGUGAACCUGUCAUCGAAGUUACCUCUUCGUUCUUGUAUCGGGGUAAAUUUGCCGACUACCAAAACACCUUCGAGACUAUCGAUGAGUCCGACUACGUUGUGGAAUUGACCAAACCCACUUCUGUCGGUGUCCUUCAAGCCAAACCUUGGUUUGAGUGGGAUGAUGAUUCAAAACCUCUUGAAGCUGGUACCACCCUCACCUUUAAGACCAAGUCGGAGCUUAGAUACAGAGACAAGACCUCUUUCGCCGCUGUCAAGGUCACCGGUGCCGCCUUCGUACGAAGCAGCACCAAAGCUCUUGUUCAGGUCGCUACUAUCGACUACGAAGCUCACAACUUGCACGGUAACCCUGUCAUUGAAUACCUCAAACGACACGGUACAGCAGUCGGUCAACCAACGCCUCUUGAGAGUGGUUACUCGCUCAUCACUGACCCAGCCACCGCCGUCUUCACCACUCCAGCCACCAACGAGCCAUACUCCAAGAUCUCUGGUGAUUUCAACCCCAUCCACGUCAACCCAUACUUCUCGGAUCUGGCAUCUCUCCCCGGAACCAUCACCCAUGGUAUGUGGUCUAGUGCCGCUACUCGAAAAUACAUCGAGUCCGUCGUUGCCGAUAACCACCCUGAACGAGUCAUCUCAUACGAAGUUGGCUUUGUUGGUAUGGUUCUUCCUGGUGACGAGAUCCAAGUCAAACUUACUCACAUCGCCAUGCGAGAUGGUAAGAAGGUCGUCAAGGUUGAAGCAAUCAAUCAACGAGGUGAAAAGGUUAUCGACGGUACUUCCGAAGUCCUCCAACCUCCUACCGCCUACGUCUUCACCGGUCAAGGUUCUCAAGAAGUUGGUAUGGGUAUGGAACUUUACAACAACUCUCCUGUCGCCAAAGCCGUUUGGGAUGCUGCCGACGCUCACUUGACUUCUACCUACGGUUUCUCCAUUGUUGACAUUGUCAAGAACAACCCCAAAGAGCUCACCAUCCACUUUGGUGGUAUCAAAGGUCAAGCUAUCCGACAACGAUACAUGGAUCUCACUUAUGAUACAAUUGAUGAGAAAGGACAAGUCAAGACUCUCCCUCUUUUCGCCGAUAUCGAUCUCUACACUACCUCCUACACCUUCUCUCACCCUCAAGGUUUACUCUUCGCCACUCAAUACACUCAAAUCGCUUUGGUCGUUACUGAGAAAGCCGCUUUCGACGAUAUGAAGGCCAAAGGACUCAUCGACACCAACGCUGCCUUCGCUGGUCACUCUUUGGGUGAAUACUCUGCUCUUGCGGCUAUUGCCGACGUCCUCCCUAUCUCCUCUCUUGCCGAUGUAGUGUUCUUCCGAGGUAUCACCAUGCAGCGUGCUGUCCAGCGUGAUGCUGAGGGUAAAUCUCAAUAUGCCAUGAUGGCUGCCAACCCUUCAAGAGUCGGUAAGACAUUCAACGAAAUGGCUUUAAGAGAGAUCGUUGAUACUAUCAGCAAACAAAAGGAUAUCUUACUUCAGAUCGUCAACUUGAACGUUGCCAACCAACAAUACGUUUGUGCCGGUGAACUUCGAGCUUUGGCAACUUUGACCAACGUCCUUAACAUGCUCAAGAUCCAGAAGAUCGAUCUGGAGAAACUGUCUACCAUGAUCUCGGAGGAGGAACUCAGAGAGAAACUUGCUGAGAUCAUUGAUGGAUGUUGGGAUAUGAUGAUUGAAAAGGAGAAGAAGGACGGUGCUGUGAUCCUCGAUAGAGGUUUCGCGACUAUCCCAUUACCUGGUAUCGAUGUACCUUUCCACUCUCGAUACCUCUGGCCGGGAGUAUUGUCUUUCAGGAAUUACUUGGUCAAGAAGAUUGAUCCUUCUCAACUCAAUCCUGAUAGAUUGGUUGGCAAAUAUAUCCCUAACUUGAUCGCCGAGACAUUCGAAGUAUCCAAGGCAUACGUACAGAAGAUCUUCGACCAAACGGCUUCUCCUCGAAUGGAAGCUGUUCUCAAGAACUGGGAGAAAGACGCUUGGGAUUCUGCUGCCCAAAGACAGAAGUUGGCUUACAACAUUUUGACCGAGUGUCUUGCUUACCAAUUCGCCUCACCCGUACGAUGGAUUGAGACCCAGGAUAUUCUCUUCACCACUGCCAAAUUCGAGCGAUUCAUCGAAGUCGGUCCAAGUCCCGUUCUUGCUGGUAUGGCCACUCGAACACUCAAAGCCAAAUAUGAGGCUCAAGACGGUGCCAUUUCGCUCCAGCGACAGAUCUUGUGUCACGCUAAGAACCAAAAGGAGGUAUACUACGCCUUCGAGGACGAAGCUGUUGAGGAGGCUGCUCCAGCUGCUGCUUCCGCACCCGCUCCUGCCGCCGCUCCAGUAGCUGCUCCUGUUGCUGUUGCUGCUCCCGUCGCUGCCCCUGCUGGUGGUUCCGCUGCUGCCGUUGAUGAUGUCCCACCUAAAGCUGUCGACACCGUCCGAGUCAUUGUCGCUCAGAAACUCAAGAAGCAAGCUGGUGAAAUCCCUCUCAGUAAAUCCCUCAAAGAACUGUCCGGUGGUAAAUCAACACUUCAGAACGAGAUUCUCGGUGACUUGCAAGUUGAAUUCGCCUCUGCGCCAGAGAAGGGAGAGGACUUGCCACUUGAUGAACUUGGUGCUGCUUUGAGUGUCGGCUACUCCGCAUUGGGUAAACACGCCAUGGCAUUGACCAACCGAAUGGUAGCUGCUAAAUUCCCAGGUGGAUUCAACAUCUCUGCUGCUCGAGCUCACAUGAACAAACAAUGGGGACUGGGACCAUUACGAACCGACUCAGCGUUAUUCUUCGGUAUCCUCAACGAACCUGCUAAGCGAUUAGGAUCGGAAGGUGAAGCCAAGCAGUUCCUUGAUACCCUCGCUCAGAGUUAUGCUUCGUACAGUGGUAUCUCCCUUUCGUCGGGUGCUGCUGCUGGAGGUGCCGGUGGUCCGGCUGGUGGAGGAGCUGUGAUGAACUCUGAAGAAUUCGAUGCAUUCGUAUUGAAACAGGAGGAACACGCUCAAAGGGAGAUCGAACUUUUGUCGAGAUACUUAGGUAAAGACCAGAGAGAAGGUGAAAAGAAGGCUGAUGUGGCUAAGGCAACUGCUGAAGAACUUCAAGCUAAACUUGACGCUAUCAAACUUGAACAUGGUGAUGCCUACCUUGAUGGAAUCUCACCUGUAUUCUCUGCUCUCAAAGCACGAACAUUCGAUUCAUCUUGGAACUGGGUACGACAAUCCUCCAUCCAAUUGUUCUACGAUAUCAUUCAUGGUGAAUUGGAUCCUUCGACGGUAUUUGAUAGUGAACCUAGAUAUAGGCCUGCUACAUAG